AUGCACGCAAACGUGCACGGUGCACGCAACCGGAGUCGGAAAUAAAUUGGCUAGGUCGGUGAGGUAGUUGAAAACCACUUAAAAAAAAAUCUCCUCCUCUGUUUAUUUUACUCCUCGGCGCGCGCGCUCUCUCUCUCUCUCUCUCUCUCUCUCCUAGGAGUUAAUUUGCUGUAACUCUUCAGCGUGUGUUUUCCUGCUUGAUGUGAUAGCACGGCGGCAGAUACGGAUUAGAAACCAACCCCGCCAAUAAACAACACCCAGCAGCGUUUCUUCUCUGUUCUCGGAGUCUCUGAUAAGUACAUAACAUCGAGUUUAUUCAAAUGCGGAGUACAUCUGCUGAGGAAGGAGGUGGAUAGGAUAACAUUCUUUUGGGCUAAUGAAUAGGGAAUCGAAGAGAGGGAAGGAAGAGAAGGACUCGGAUGUCAAAGAAAAGGUGGUGGUUGCCGUCAAGGCAUCAAGAGAAAUUCCCAAGAAUGCUCUGAUUUGGGCUUUGACACAUGUUGUUCAGCCCGGGGAUUGCAUCACGCUGGUGGUUGUGGUCUCUUCCGAAAGCUCAGGUAGGAAACUAUGGGGUUUUCCCAUAUUUGCAGGAGACUGUGCCAAUGGCCACCGAAGAUCUCAUACAGGAACAAGUUCAGAGCAGAAGUCCGAUCUUGCAGAUUCCUGCUCCCAAAUGAUCCUUCAGCUCCAUGAUGUUUAUGAUCCCAACAAAAUAAAUGUGAAGAUAAAAGUUGUCUCUGGAUCACCAUGUGGGGCAGUUGCGGCAGAGGCUAAGAAAGCUCAAGCUAAUUGGGUUGUGUUGGAUAAACAGCUCAAGCAGGAAGAGAAGUGCUGUAUGGAAGAUUUGCAGUGCAACAUUGUGGUUAUGAAGCGCUCCCAGCCAAAGGUUCUGCGUCUAAACUUGGUUGGGUCCCCCAAGAAGGAAGCUGAAGCACUGUGUUCAGUACAAUCUCAAAUAGAUCAAUCAUCUCAGAACCAAUCACGAAAUAAGAAUGAUUCUAUGGAUUCAAUUCCAGGACCCGUUGUGACUCCAACGAGUAGUCCAGAGCUAUUUACUGCAACUGAAGCUGGAACAUCAUCAGUAUCCAGCUCAGAUCCUGGGACCUCUCCAUUCUUCAAUUCUCAAAUUAACGGGGAACUGAAGAAAGAAAUCUCAUUGGGUGAAGAGGAAACUCCUGACCUCGAUGAAUCAAGUUCAGAUACAGACAGUGGGGACUUAUCUUCAUCAAGUUCAGGGUUCCAACCAUGGAUGGCAGAAAUUCUCAGUUCUCGUCAUCAAUCAUCACAGCACUUGGAAGAAAGCUCACAUAGAUCACAUGAGAGGCCUCAAACAUCAGCAACGAAGGCUUUGCUGGAGAAGUUCUCUAAACUUGAUCGAGAAGCUUGUUUUAGAUUGCAGAAUAAUAAACGUGAUCUAGACUUCAAAGGAAAUGUGAGAGAGGCGAUUUGUCUUUCUAGAAAUAUACCUCUCGGGCACCCUCCUCUGUGUUCAAUAUGUCAACACAAGGCACCCGUAUUUGGAAAACCACCAAGGUGGUUCACCUAUGCUGAGCUGGAGCUUGCUACUGGAGGAUUUUCGCAAGCUAAUUUUUUGGCGGAGGGAGGAUUUGGAUCUGUCCACAGAGGUGUCCUUCCAGAUGGUCAGGCUGUUGCAGUUAAGCAACACAAGUUGGCUAGUUCUCAGGGGGACCAAGAAUUUUGCUCGGAAGUAGAAGUCCUCAGUUGUGCUCAGCAUCGAAAUGUGGUUUUGUUAAUUGGAUUCUGUAUUGAGGAGAGGAGAAGGUUGCUUGUUUAUGAAUACAUAUGCAAUGGCUCUCUCGAUUCUCAUCUAUAUGGUCGUCAUCGGGACCAUUCAGGUCAUCAUCGGGACCCAUUAGAAUGGUCUGCGCGUCAAAAAAUUGCUGUGGGAGCAGCUCGAGGGUUGCGAUAUCUUCAUGAAGAAUGCAGAGUAGGUUGCAUCGUCCACCGAGACAUGCGGCCUAACAACAUCCUCAUUACCCAUGAUUUUGAACCACUGGUUGGAGACUUUGGAUUGGCAAGAUGGCAACCAGAUGGAGACACAGGAGUGGAAACGAGGGUACUAGGAACAUUUGGGUAUUUGGCUCCAGAAUAUGCACAAAGUGGACAGAUAACAGAAAAGGCAGAUGUUUACUCAUUCGGGGUUGUUUUGGUGGAGCUUGUUACUGGAAGAAAAGCUGUAGACCUUAGCCGGCCAAAGGGUCAGCAGUGCCUCACAGAGUGGGCACGUCCACUAUUGGAGGAGUAUGCCAUCCGCGAACUGGUUGACCCACUGCUAAGAAACAACUACAAUGAACACGAGGUCUAUUGCAUGUUACAUGCGGCAUCGUUGUGCAUUCGGCGAGAUCCUCAUUCAAGGCCUCGAAUGUCACAGGUGCUGCGUAUACUAGAGGGGGAUGUGGUUAUGGCCUCGAACCAAAUAUCAACUCCUGGGUACGAAAUAGGUAAUCGGAGUGGAAGGACUUGGCUCGAACAGCAGCAGCAACAAAGUCGGCACUUAAGUGGUCCAACGUCUAGCGAAAUAUUGGAAGGGUUUGGUGGUAAGCUUUCCUUUGAGACACAGAGGCCAGUUUUCGGGGGAAAGGAUAGUAAGAACAGGAGGACAUCAUGUGACGAUGCCUCGUAAAGCGCUUUUCCACCUCUCCCACUGCCUAUAUAGCUGAAGUGAAUUUUCACUUUCAUUUCAUUUUCUUUCAGCUAUUCUAUCUUUUCUUUAUUUUUGUCUAAUGCCGUCUAUGAUUUUGUUUCGGUGUAUAUAGUAUUAGGGAGUCGGGCAAUUGUAGGGUUUUGUCGUACAUUUUAGAAAUGCAGAAUGAUCCCUAUUAGCAAGGUUGGAACCUUACUCCCGCGCAAAUGUCGACAAAUUCUAACUA